UGUAAGGGGGUGUGUUGUGUAAGGGUGCGUGUGUGAGGGUCUGUGGGUGUGUACAGGUGAGUGUGUGAGGGUCUGUGUGUAGGUGUCUGGGUGUGUGUGUGUGUCUGAGUGUGUAAGGGUGUGUGUGUGAGGGUCUGUGUGUAGGUGUCUCUGUGUGUGUCUGAGUGUGUAAGGGUGUGUGAGUGUGUAAGGGUGCGUGUGUGUGGGUGCGUGUGUGAGGGUCUGUGGGUGUGUACAGGUGAGUGUGUGAGGGUCUGUGUGUAGGUGUCUAGGUGUGUGUGUCCGAGUGUGAGUGUAAGGGUGUGUGUGUGAGGGUCUGUGUGUAGGUGUCUGGGUGUGUGUGUCUGAGUGUGUAAGGGUGUGUGAGUGUGUAAGGGUGGGUGUGUGAGGGUCUGUGGGUGUGUGUAUGUGUGAGGGUCUGUGUAUGUGUGGGUCCGGGACGAGGGGUGAGGAAAAACCUGAGUAACCCGCCCUCCCCGGGGUCAGACUGAGGAUGGAGGACAAGUACAGCAGCAACAUCAUCUCCAGCGCCCGCCUGGGCCCUGUCGAUGCGCCCAGCUCCAGGUUAACUCGAUAUAUCUCGCUGCUGUGCCUGGCUAAGUUCCUUAAGGUUAUUGGAAUAUUUGAAUCAUACGACCUCCUUAAAGUCGUCCACAUUGUCCAAUUUGUCUUCAUAAUUCAACUUGGAUCUGCAGUAUUCUUGGUUUUGUUCCAAAAACCAUUUUCUUCUGGCAAGCCAAUCUCAAAACGGCAGUGGAUCAAAAUUUGCAAACAUGCAAUUGGUGGCUGCGUUAUUUUGCUAUUGUGGUUCUUUGGUCUCACACUUUGUGGACCGUUGAGAACAAUACUUCUGUUUGAACACAGUGACAUUGUGGUCAUCUCACUGCUCGGUGUGCUGUUCACGAGCUCUGAUGGAAGCCCGGCCAAGACAAGAGGAACUGCAUUCUUCAUUAUUGCCGUCAUUUGUUUGUUGUUGUUUGACAAUGAUGAUUUAAUGGCCAAGAUGGCUGAACACCCUGAGGGACAUCAUGACAGUGCUUUAACCCAUGCACUGUAUACAGCUAUCUCUCUCCUGGGGGUUGCAGACCACAAGGGUGGGGUUUUGCUACUCGUGAUGUCGUUAUGUUUUAAGGUUGGUUUUCAUACAGCCUCCAGAAAACUGUCUGUGGAUGUUGGCGGAGCAAAGCGUCUCCAUACGUUGUCUACUCUAAUGUCAGCCCUAUUACUGUUUCCAUGGGUGAUCAUAUUGACCGCAACUACAGAGAAUAAAAUUGAAUCCUGGUCUUCUCUCAUCAUGCCAUUCGUGACUGUCAUCUUCUGUGUGCUAAUAUUGGACUUCUAUGUGGAAUCCGUGUGUUCAGCCAAGAUUGAAGUUUCAAAGUGCGCACAGUACAGCUCAUUCCUUAUCGUCUUUGGGGCCUUACUCCUUGCAAAUUUCUGGACACAUCCAAUAACUGACCAGCUGCGUGUGAUUAACAAACAAACGCUGCAGCACAGCACGGAACACGUUCUGUCAGGUGGAGUUUUGGUCAGUGCAGUCUUCUUCAUCCUCGCUGCCAGCAUCUUGUCCUCGCCUUCCAAGAAGGGCCAGAAGGGUACUCUCGUUGGAUAUUCGCCUGAAGGGACCCCACUGUAUAGCUUCAUGGGCGAUGCUUUGCAGCACACUUCACAGUCGUUGCCCAGGUUCAUUAAAGACUCCUUAAAACAAAUUCUGGAAGAGUAUGAUUCGAGGCAGAUCUUCUACUUUCUCUGCCUUAACCUUGCCUUUACAUUUGUGGAAUUAUUCUAUGGAGUGUGGACGAACAGCCUUGGGCUUAUUUCCGAUGGUUUCCACAUGCUGUUUGACUGCUCAGCACUAGUCUUGGGUCUCUUUGCAGCUCUGAUGACCAGGUGGAAGGCAACUCGAAUUUACUCAUAUGGAUACGGCCGCCUCGAGAUUCUGUCUGGAUUUAUUAACGGCCUUUUCUUAAUGGUCAUCGCAUUUUUUGUUUUCAUUGAAUCUGUGGCGAGAGUCUUCGAUCCUCCAGACAUAGACACAGAGAUGUUAACGCCUGUUUCCAUUGGGGGUCUGAUCGUGAACCUGAUUGGUAUCUGCGCCUUUAGCCAUGCCCAUUCCCAUGGUGGCUCUCAAAGCAGCUGCUCAUCGCAUGAACACGGGCACGGCCACGGGCACGGCCACGGGCAUGGGCAUGGGCAUGACCAUGGGCAUGGAGGGCAUGGCCACAGUCACAGCCACAACCAUGGCCAUUCCCAAGGACCAUCCACGGGAGGGAUGAACGCCAACAUGAGAGGAGUGUUUCUGCAUGUGCUGGCAGAUACGCUGGGCAGCGUGGGAGUGAUCAUCUCGUCUCUUCUAAUCCGCCAGUUUGGAUGGCUAAUUGCAGAUCCUAUUUGUUCUCUCUUGAUUGCUGUGUUAAUCUUUCUCAGUGUCAUCCCACUGAUGAAAGACGCUUGUCAGCUGUUGCUGCUCCGUACCCCACCUGAACAUGAGAAGCAACUCAGUAGUGCCCUGAAUAAGAUCCAGAAAAUUGAAGGCAUUAUAUCGUUUCGAGAUCCUCAUUUCUGGCGCCAUUCAACGAGUAUAGUCGGAGGAACCAUCCAUGUGCAGGUCAUGCCCGAUGUUGUGGAGCAGAGAAUUAUACAGCAGGUGACGGCUGCUUUAAAAGAUGCUGGCGUAAAUAACCUGUCGGUCCAGGUGGAGAAAGAAACGUACUUCCAGCACAUGUCGGGGCUAAGUGCAGGCUUCCAUGACAUCCUUGCAAUGACGCAGCAAAUGGAAGCCGUGAAGUAUCUGAAAGAUGGUACUUAUAUCAUGUAACGAGCCCAGAAACCGAGGAGUCUAUGGCAAAAGGAGCCGCGGCACUUCAAUGUAAACAGGGAUUUUAUAAAUAGCAUAUUUAUUUUAAGAAAAACUGGACAAAACAUAUAGAGUUAGAGGAAAAAAUGCUGGAGUAACUCAGCGGUGCAGUCAGCACCUCUGGAGAGAAUUGGGUGACGUUUCAGUCCGAAGAAGGGACUAAACCCGAAACGUCAUCCAUUCCUUCUCUCCAAAGGUGCUGCCUGCCCCACUGAGUUACUCCAGCAUUUUGUGUCUGUCUUCAGUGUAAACCAGCAUCUGCAGUUCCUUUCUACACAAUAUAAAAUUGUUUGGGAACAGUUUUAAAAUCCAGAUUGGUGAAUAGAAAUUUAAAUAAAAGCUCUGAUAUGUCAGCAGCAUUUGGGCAUUUUCAGAAUUAAAUGCCUGUUACAAAAUAUUCUCCAUUGGUACUGUGCUUCUGCAGGUUACUGAUCGUGUGUUUA